GGAGAGUACAGAGGCAAGGCCAGAUUUGAUCUUUUAAUCUUCGUUGGCCACAAUUAAAACAAACCAGAUCGUGGAGCGGCGCGAUCCCUUUGCAUAAAAACAUAUGGCUUUUGCUAUAAAAAUUAUGACUGCAAAACACCGGGCCAUUAAUAGCGUGCGGAGUGAUUUACGCGUUAUUGUUCUGCCGGGCGGACACGUGACGCGCGUGGCCAAUGGGGGCGCGGGCGCCGGCAACUUAUUAGGUGACUGUACUUCACCCCCCCCCCUCCCCGGUGCCACCAAGUUGUUACAUGAAAUCUGCAGUUUCAUAAUUUCGGCGGGUCGGGUUGGGCCGGCCAGGCGCGGGCUACUGCGAUGGCCACCACCGGGGCCCUGGGCAACUACUAUGUGGACUCCUUCCUGCUGGGCGCCGACGCUGCUGACGAGCUGGGCGCCGGACGCUACGCGCCAGGGGCCCUGGGCCAACCCCCAAGGCAGGCGGCAGCGCUGGCCGAACACCCCGACUUCAGCCCCUGCAGCUUCCAGUCCAAGGCGGCGGUGUUCGGCGCCUCGUGGAACCCGGUGCACGCGGCGGGCGCCAAUGCGGUGCCCGCUGCAGUCUAUCACCACCACCACCACCCCUACGUGCACCCCCAGGCGCCGGUGGCCGCGGCGGCGCCGGACGGCAGGUACAUGCGCUCCUGGCUGGAGCCCACGCCCGGUGCGCUGUCCUUCGCGGGCUUGCCCUCCAGCCGGCCUUACGGCAUUAAACCUGAACCGCUGUCGGCCAGAAGGGGUGACUGUCCCACGCUUGACGCUCACACUUUGUCCCUGACUGACUAUGCUUGUGGUUCUCCUCCAGUUGAUAGAGAAAAACAGCCCAGCGAAGGCGCCUUCUCCGAAACCAAUGCCGAGAAUGAGAGCGGUGGAGACAAGCCCCCCAUCGAUCCCAAUAACCCGGCCGCCAACUGGCUUCAUGCUCGCUCCACGCGGAAGAAGCGCUGCCCCUACACGAAGCACCAGACGCUGGAACUGGAGAAAGAGUUUCUGUUCAACAUGUACCUCACACGGGACCGCAGGUACGAGGUGGCCCGGCUGCUCAACCUCACCGAGAGGCAGGUCAAGAUCUGGUUCCAGAACCGCAGGAUGAAAAUGAAAAAGAUCAACAAGGACCGAGCAAAAGACGAAUGAGCCGUUCCGGGCUCCUUUAGAAAAAGGGCAAGCUAGAAAGAGAAAGAAAGACUGUCUGUCCCCUUCUCUCUCCUCUCCCCCGACCCCAGCCUCCACCACCCGCCCAAAGCGGCUCUAAACCCCAGGCCUCAUCUCCCCCUGGCAGUCCCUGCUCAGGCUGGCUCCUAGGCCUGCGGCUUUAUCGGAGGAGGUAUUGUGCGCUUUCCAUUUUCUGUAACACACACACACACAAGGAAGGGCAUUAGCGCUGAUGGCUGUAUGUGCUAGCUUGUAUAUAUAUUUAAAAAAAAUCUACCUGCUUCUGACUUAAAGCAAAAGGAAAAAAAAAACUACCUUUUUUAUAUAAUGCACAACUGUUGACGGGCUGUAUAGUUUUUAGUCUCUGUAGUUAAUUUAAUUUGCUCUUCGUGUGGCAGACCACUCUGCCAAAAUACUUGAACACUGUGUUUUAUUGUGGUAAUUAUGUUUUGUGACUCAAACUUCUGUGCUGGGUGAGGCACCCAUUGUGAUUGUGGAAGCUAGAAUUCAAUUUGAACUCAGGUUGUUUAUGGGGGAAGAGAUGCAUAGCGUAUAGCUCUGUAGUGGAAUACUGUGUAACUAGACCGUCAACCUACGAUUGUAAACUAGCUAUAAGGAUUUCCCAGUGAAAUCAAAUUUGGAAAGAAAAAGGGAGGUAGUUCUCCAGGACGCAUAGAUUCAUGAUUUCUCUACUUUUGAAAUGUGGGCGUCUUCAUCUUUACAUGUUCUAGACUCCAGUCUUGUCCAGUGUACAUAGAAUCUCCAUAUUAAAGGAAUAUUCAUAAUCAGACAAGCCUGAAUAUUGUUUUUGCACCAGAGGAGAAGUGAGGAAAUUCGGAGCUAUACAUAUGUGCAGAGGGUUACUACCUAUGGUUUAUGCUUAAUUUUAAUUGGGGGGAAAUGGGUGCUUAUUGUAAUGGAGUUAAUUUUAUUGAUAAUAAAUUAUACACCAUGAAACCGCCAUGGGCUACUGUAGAUUUGUAUCCUUUGAUGAAUUUGGGGUUUCCAUCUGACUGAACAUACACUGUAUAUUUUGCAAUAGUUACCUCAAGGCCUACUGACCAAAUUGUUAUGUUGAGAUAUUUAACUUUUGCCAAAUAAAAUAUAUUGAUUCUU